AUAUGCACAGGGAGAGCGUUUCUCGGGAGGCUGCCUCUAUAAUGAGCUGAUUGAGCUGCGCCUGCAGCAGGGCUGUUCUCCUGGGGGAAAAGUUGGGCGCCAGAACUGAGCAGCUUUGUGUCCCCGGCUCCACGGAGGCUUGGCCGGCCUCCCUGAGGAGGAGCAGAGCCAGCGGAGCACUCGCCACGCUCAGGGAUGGCAGCAGGUCCAGCCAGGAGGGAUCCUCGUCUAUGACAGCAGCUGGUGUCCGGUGCUGGUCCAAAAGCUGUAAAGAGCAUACCUGGCACACGUAAGGCACUGGACAUGGACACAGAGGAUGACCCCUUGUUGCAGGAUGCCUGGCUGGAGGAGGAGGAUGAAGAGGUGGCCUUCAGCUCCCGCAAGAGGCGAGAGGGUGCUGUGUUGUGUGGGAAAAGCCCGUGCAGGGUCAGGCCCCUGCGUGUCACCCUGCCCAUGUCUGGCUUCUGGAAUAUUGUUGGCUGGGUGUUUACCAACCCGUACUGCGCUGGCUUCAUCCUUUUCCUGGGCUGUGCCAUCCCUGCUGUGCUGGCUGUUGUCAUGUUCCUGCACUACCCGGCCCUGGAUAUCGACAUCUCCUACAACGCCUUCGAGAUCCGCAACCACGAGUCCUCGCAGCGCUUCGACGCUCUCGCCCUGGCCCUCAAAUCCCAGUUUGGGUCCUGGGGGAGGAACCGCCGGGACCUGGCUGACUUCACCUCCGAGACCCUGCAGAGACUCAUCUUCGAGCAGCUCCAGCAGCUUCACCUCAACGCCUCCCACCUCGGGGUCAGCGCGCGGGUCAAGCGCAGUCCCCCGGAGGGCAGGACGAGCUCCCCCGAGCCCCGUGUCCCCCCGAGCCCAGGGAACAGGACGUCCCGGGUUGGGAGGGGAGCCCCACGCUGGGACUACUCCAGCACGUACAUCAGUGCCAACACGCAGACUCACGCCCACUGGCGCAUCGAGCUCAUCUUCCUGGCGCGGGGGGACUCGGAGAACAACAUCUUCACCACCGAGCGCCUGGUCACCAUCCACGAGGUCGAGCGCAAGAUCAUGGACCACCCUCGCUUCCGGGAGUUCUGCUGGAAGCCCCAUGAGGUCCUGAAGGAUCUGCCCCUGGGCUCCUACUCCUACUGCUCCCCUCCCAGCUCCCUCAUGACCUACUUCUUUCCCACUGAGAGAGGAGGGAAGAUUUACUAUGAUGGCAUGGGACAAGACCUUGCUGACAUCCAAGGGUCCCUGGAGCUGGCCAUGACCCACCCUGAGUUCUACUGGUAUGUGGAUGAGGGCUUGUCUGCUGAGAACAUGAAGAGCUCCCUGCUGAGGAGCGAAAUCCUCUUUGGGGCACCCCUGCCCAACUACUACUCGGUGGAGGAUCGCUGGGAGGAGCAGCGCCGCAAGUUCCAGAACUUCGUCAUCACCUACGUGGCCAUGCUGGCCAAGCAGUCCACGAGCAAAGUCCAGGUGCUGUACGGGGGGACGGAUUUGUUUGACUAUGAGGUGAGGAGGACUUUCAACAACGACAUGUUGCUGGCCUUCAUCAGCAGUAGCUGCAUAGCUGUCUUGGUCUACAUCCUCACCUCCUGCUCAGUGUUCCUGUCAUUCUUUGGCAUUGCCAGCAUUGGGCUGAGCUGCCUGGUGGCUCUGUUCCUGUACCACGUCGUAUUUGGGAUCCAGUACCUGGGUAUACUCAAUGGUGUGGCUGCCUUUGUCAUUGUGGGGAUUGGGGUGGACGAUGUCUUUGUUUUCAUCAACACCUACCGCCAAGCCACCCACCUCAAGGACCUGCGGCUGCGCAUGAUCCACACCAUCCAGACAGCAGGGAAGGCCACCUUCUUCACCUCCCUAACCACGGCUGCAGCAUAUGCUGCCAACAUCUUCUCUCAGAUCCCAGCUGUGCAUGACUUCGGGCUCUUCAUGUCACUGAUUGUUUCCUGCUGCUGGGUAGCUGUGCUCUUCACCAUGCCAGCUGCUCUUGGAAUAUGGACCCUUUAUGUGUCCCCACUAGAGAGCUCCUGCCAAACCAGCUGUAGUCAGAAGUGCACCAAAAAGAGAGCCUUGCACCUGGCUGAAGAUCUCUUCAUUGCCCCAGAGGCCACCUCCAGGGCAGGCAGAGAGACCCUUCCCUACCUUGAUGAUGACAUCCCACUGCUCAGCGUGGAGGAGGAGCCUGUCUCGCUGGAAAUGGGGGAUGUCCCCUUGGUGUCCGUGAUGCCAGAAAACCUGCAGCUCCCUGCAGAGAAGAGCAACCGGGGCCAGUUGAUAACCCGCCUGCAGGAGCUGCUGGAACACUGGGUGCUGUGGUCUGCAGUGAAGAGCAGAUGGGUGAUUGUGGGGCUCUUCCUCCUUGUUUUGCUCCUGUCCAUAUUCUUUGCCAGCCGCCUCCAUCCUGCCAGCCGUGCUCCAGUCUUGUUCCGGCCUGACACCAACAUCCAGGUGCUGCUGGACCUGAAAUACAACCUGAGUGCUGAAGGCAUCUCCUGCAUUACCUGCUCAGGUUUGUUUCAGGAAAAGCCCCACAGUUUGCAGAACAACAUCCGAACCUCCUUGGAAAAAAAGAAGAGGGGCUCAGGGUCACCCUGGGGAAGCAAAGGCAGCAUAAGUGAUACAGGGCAGCAAGAUCUCCAGGGGACUGUGUACAUCUCCAAGUCCAGGAGCAAGGGAAGACCAGCCAUCUACAGAUUCUCCCUCAAUGCCAGUGUCCCUGCGCCCUGGCAGACGGUGUCACCAGGAGACGGGGAGGUGCCUUCAUUCCAGGUGUAUAGAGUGCCUUUCGGUAACUUCACCAGGAAGCUGACAGCUUGUGUGUCCACAGUAGGGCUGCUUAAGCAGACGAGCCCCAGGAAGUGGAUGAUGACCACCUUGUCCUGUGACACCAAGAGGGGCUGGAAGUUCGACUUCAGCUUCUACGUGGCCUCCAAGGAGCAGCAGCGAACACGGAAGCUGUAUUUUGCCCAGUCGCACAAGCCCCCCUACCACGGCCGAGUGUGUGUGGCACCCCCGGGCUGCCUGCUCAGCUCGAGCCCGGAUGGACCCACCAAAGGCAUCCUGUAUGUUCCCAGUGAGAAAGCAGCAGCUCCCAGGGCGAAGCCGUCGGCCACGUCUGGGUUUAACCCGUGCAUGAACACGGGCUGUGGGAAGCCGGCGGUGCGGCCACUGGUGGACACGGGAGCCAUGGUGUUCGUGGUGUUCGGGAUCAGGGGCGUCAACCGCACCAGGCGCCCGGACAACCACGUCAUCGGAGACAUGGGCAGCGUUAUCUACGAUGACAGCUUCGACCUCUUCAAAGAGAUUGGCAACCUGUGCCGCCUCUGCAAAGCCAUCGCCGGCAACGCGGAGCUGGUGAAGCCUGGAGGGGCUCAGUGCCUGCCCUCGGGUUACAGCAUCUCCUCCUUUCUGCAGAUGUUGCACCCUGAGUGCAAGAACAUCCCAGAGCCAAACCUGCUGCCUGGACAGCUCUCUCAUGGGGCAGUGGGGGUGAAGGAUGGGAAGGUGCAGUGGAUCUCCAUGGCAUUUGAAUCGACAACUUACAAGGGGAAGUCAUCCUUCCAGACCUAUGCUGACUACCUGAAGUGGGAGACAUUCCUGCAGCAGCAACUCCAGCUCUUCCCAGAGGGCUCUGCUCUCCGGCACGGCUUCCAGACCUGCGAGCACUGGAAGCAGAUUUUCAUGGAGAUUAUAGGAGUGCAGAGUGCCCUGUAUGGUCUUGUCCUCUCUCUGGUCAUCUGUGUGGCUGCAGUGGCCGUGUUCACCACACACAUCCUCCUCCUGCUGCCAGUGCUGCUCAGCAUCUUAGGGGUCGUCUGCUUGGUGGUGACCAUCAUGUACUGGUCUGGCUGGGAAAUGGGAGCUGUGGAGGCCAUUUCCCUCUCCAUCCUCGUUGGCUCCUCUGUGGAUUACUGUGUGCACUUGGUGGAGGGCUACCUGCUGGCAGGGGAGAACCUGCCACUGCACCAGGCAGAGGACCCGCGGGCGUGCCGGCAGUGGAGGACCGUGGAGGCCGUGCGGCACGUGGGGGUGGCCAUCGUGUCCAGCGCCGUCACCACCGUCAUCGCCACCGUCCCGCUCUUCUUCUGCAUCAUCGCCCCCUUCGCCAAGUUCGGGAAGAUCGUGGCCCUCAACACGGGGGUGUCCAUCCUGUACACGCUGACUGUGAGCACAGCCCUGCUCAGCAUCAUGGGCCCCGGCACCUUCACCCGCAGCAGGACUUCCUGCCUCAAGGCCGUGCUGGGGGUGCUCCUGGCCGGCCUGCUGGGCCUCUGCCUCUGCCUCGCCCUGCUCAAGAGCGGGUUUAAGAUCCCCCUCCCCAAUGGGACAGCCCUGUAGAACCCAGGCCAGGGGGCUCUGUCCUCUUGCUCUCCCCUUUCUUUUUUUCUUUUCUUUUUAAAGGAUAUUUUUUGUAAAGAAAACAAAAGAGGAAAAAAAUCCCCUUUUUUCCAGAAGUUUUUUCAACUCCAGAUGCACUUUAUUUUCUAAUGAGUUUUGCUCUAAACUUGUAUUUAUUUUGGGUAGUGACGGAUGGAUGACGGACAGUGAGGGCUGCCCAGGGAAUACCUCAGCCCGUGAGUAGGAGGGGAAGAGGUCUCCUUCUCUCAGUUUUCUUUCUGCUUUUCUUUUCUUUUUUUCUUAUCUUGUUCUUUUAAAUUUCCUUUUUUUUUUUUAACCAACAGAGCUUUCUGGAACCGCAAAGCUAAAAGGGGAGAAGUUGGGAAGGCCAUCUGAUCCUUUAAAAACCACUUCCCUCUGUCUCUUCCCUCCCCUUGUCCAGGGUCAGCACUGCAACGAUGGCUCUUGAGGUGAUGUCCUACCCCCACUCCAAGCCUGUGCCUCUUUACCUGAGCCUUCAAGAACAGCAGUGAGCUGUUGGAAAGGCCUGGAGAACAGCAUUAUCUGGUCCUUUACCUGUACUCAAGCCAGACCAGCAGUGAACUCACUGCACAGGAGCUCUCAUUGGUGUCAUUGUGGGAUCCAAACUAGAGGUGCUGGGUGGCACCACCUUUCAUCAUCCAGGGAGGGCGUUGGGACACGUGGCUUUCCCCUUCUUUCUGAGGGGACAGAGCACCUUUGCUGGAGUCUCUUGGGUCUGUGAACAGCCAGCAACAGCCUGCCCUCCCCUCCCUCAUCUCAGUAGUGAGGCCAAGGCAAUAUCAAUGCCCAGUCCCUCCUGGUCACCUCACCAGUCACUGCCUCUGCCCUUCAUGGUGGAGAGGAAACAGCCCUGCGGUCCCUGCAGAGCCCUUUGGUCACAGCAGUCAGCUCUUACUCUGAGGACCAGGGCACCCCUGGGUUACCCAGGUGGAGCCCAUACCUGGUGCCAUGCACAGCAUCCUCUGUGGCAGCUCAGAGACACCCUCCUGUGUGGGGACACGAGGGCAGAGGAGCUGCAGCUGCCGCCUGCUCUGAGCAGAUGGUUUAUAUUAAAGUAAAAUGAAAUCG